CUAGUCUCCAGCCCAAAAUUACUUCACAUCCAAACGCUGCGCGGUACAGAGAGAGGGAGAGGGAGGUAGCAGCGAGCAACAAUGGCGAUGCCUAGUAGCGCCAGUAGCGUGGAGAUUUUGAUGCUGGAAGCUCCACCGUCCAACCAAGCCUCUUCGCUGUCGAGUUGGUCCACCGGGGCUGAAAUCAUCGACUCGUUGCCCUACAUCGACGACGACUACGCCGACCCCAAGAUGAAGGCGGAGGUUGACCGAUUGGUCGAGGAUGAAAUGCGUCGUAGCUCUAAGAAACCCGCGGAUUUCCUGAAGGACCUCCCUCCUCUUCCCAAAUUGGAUUUCCAGAAUCAUCCAAUGCUUGCCAGAGAAUAUGAACGGAUCAGAGCUGGGAAGCCUCCAGUGCCACUUGAUAUGUCACGAUAUGGUCUUGAAACACCUUCUGUGAACAAACGGAAUGAUGAAACUGCUUGGAAGCAGGCACUGCAGAAAGCUCAACGUCUGCUACAGCAUCAAGUCAUCAGGAUAGAAAAUCUGGACUUAAUGUCAAGACAUGGUGCUGACAUCUCGAAAUUAUACAACCAACGAUUGGAGGCAUUCUUAUCCAGAAUGCAAGCACAAGCUUUGGAACUUAAUGAAAAGAUAGAAGUUGUUAAUCGUGAAAGGAAAUAUCAUCAGCAAAACACUGCAUAUGAGCUUAAUGCUUUAUCCACACAAUGGAAGGAGCUCUGUGAGAAAAAUAUACAAAUCCAAGAGGCCUGUGCUAAAAUUGAAAAUGAUAUCGAGGAAAUGAAAAAAGAAGCUGCAGAGAGGGGAUGGAACUUGGAUGCUUCUAUAGUGAACGGGUUCUUGACGCACCAACUACAGUAAUAAGGUUACAGAGACGAUUCCUUGUGAAGGGAGCUAUGCCAUGGUGAAGAAACUUCUUGAUGAUGAUGGAUACACAGCACAGCACAGCACAGGUCACAUUCCAAUUCCUCCAUUCUGCAGCUCUCUCCCAGUUUUGAAUGGACGAUCGCUGUACUGGAAAACAAUUCUAUAUCUCAUAUUCUUCUGAGUAGGGAUUAAACUUAUCCAAAGCAUGUGCUAAUUCUACCUACAGAGUUGGUUCAGUCAAAUCACUUGGGUAAAUUAACAUUCACUAUUACGGACCCCUUAAAUAGUAGCAUACCAAGUUUAUAAUUUUAUCCCUGCUUGUGAGAGUCGGUUAAAUAGGAAGGGGAAUGAGAGUGAGAUCGGUUUGGGUUUGGAUCAAUGCCCUUGUUCUUGCAUCCUAUUCUUCUUCCUCAUCCUUGUCCACGUAAUCUGACCUUGUAUUUGUUCUUUACUUGAAGUGAUGUUUAUAGGAUUAAUAAUACUUUUUCUUAAGCUUUAAUAGUAAUUCUAUUAAUUUAUUUA